CUCUCCAACCCACAUAGGAAGUCUAUUUUAACUUCCGCUGAAACUCUCUCUCUCCCUCUCUCUCUCAUCAUCUCCAAUGGCCUCCGCCACAAAAAACGUCAACAAAAUCAGCCAAAUCGUGAGACUAAAACAGGUAAUGCAACGAUGGAAGCACGCGAGCCUCGACCGCCUCUCCUCCCUCUCCCCCUCCUCCUCCCGCUCGGACCGCUUCGACUACGACUCCGACUCAACCGGACCCGGCCGCCGUGGCCGGGUCACCCCUCCCGGCCGCCUCGCCGUCUACGCGGGCCCCGAACGGCGCCGCUUCGUGAUCCCCACCCGGUACCUCAACCUCCCCGUCUUUCUCUCCCUCCUCGACCGGGCCGAGGAGGAGUUCGGGUUCCAGACCAACGGCGGCCUUGUCCUGCCAUGCGAGGCCGAGUUCUUCGCGGGAGUGGUGGAGCUUCUGGAGAGAGACGAGCAGAGGUACGGCGUUUUCGGGCUCGACGAUUUCGUGGAGAUGUUUUCCGACGUGGGUUUUAGUUCUUGCAAGGAAAGAGAGAAUAGUUGUGGAUAUGGGUUCAGGCCGUUGUUGCAGAAAACCAAGGGUUGAGAACUCUGAGACUGACAUUAUUUGUGCUUGGCUCUGGUCUAGGGUUAGGGUUGAAAAAUUAUUCAAUGCUCUUACGGAUAUCAUCGCGGCGUCUCAGUUUUCUUCAUCAACACACAUUGACGUCUAAACGUUCAAUGCGUGAUGGUUGAUAUACCUAAGACACGUGACUCC